CUCUUCGAUUCACGCACAUCAUAUGUCUGAUGUUAUGCAUGCAGUGGUCUAACGUCCAGGGAAGUGUAGGCCACUGGAUUUUGAAAUCUCUUUCGUCACAGUAUUCAUUUUUUUCCCUCUUAUUUAUUAUUUUUUCCAAGCACUCUUGUCCCUGGGCUCUGUUGACCUUGCGUCUGUUGGACUGAGAUACAAAUAUGCAAAAGUAAUAAAGCAGACGGAAAAAAAAUCUCAGCCAGUAUUUUGGGACCAGCACAGCCACUACAAAAACAAAAAAAGCACUGCAGACGAGCGUCUUUAAUUGAGACUCGGUCCUAAAACUUAGUGAAGAAUAUCUGGGCUCGGGUUAUGCCUGCAGUCCCAGUGCAGACAGCCGGCGUUCGUUCAAGGAAAUUGGGAAGGAAGAUUAGCCUCAUCUAACCUACUCCGUAUUUGAAAAGUUAGAAAUCUGAGAUGCAUUAGAGUUUGGAGACCUUCAUUUGAUUAAGGUAUGAUGUGAAUAUGCGUUGCCUGGCAGCUCGGGUCAACUAUAAGACUUUGAUCGUGAUCUGCACUCUCUUCACGCUUGUCACGGUGCUGCUGUGGAACAAAUGCUCCAGCGAUAAAGCGGCUCAGUUCCCCCGGAGUCUCAACAGCGGCUUCCGCGUGGACAGCUUGGAGAAACGAGCGGCCGCUUCGGAGAGUAACAACUAUGUGAACAGCCUCGUGAAGCAGCAGAGCGAGGAGGCAUCGCCGCAGGAGCAGCAGAAAGCCCCGCCUAUCGUGGGCGGCUUCAACAGCAACGGGAACAAAGUUUUGGGACUGAAAUACGAGGAAAUAGACUGUCUGAUCAACGACGAGCAUACGAUAAAAGGGAGGCGAGAGGGCAGCGAGGUCUUCCUGCCCUUCAGUUGGGUGGAGAAGUACUUUGAGGUCUACGGGAAGGUUGCUCAGUAUGAUGGGUAUGACCGGUUUGAAUUCUCCCAUAGCUACUCCAAAGUGUACACCCAGAGAGCCCCCUACCACCCCGACGGCGUGUUCAUGUCCUUCGAGGGCUACAACGUGGAAGUGCGCGACAGAGUGAAGUGCAUCAGCGGCGUUGAAGGUGUGCCGUUAUCUACACAGUGGGGGCCUCAAGGCUAUUUCUACCCAAUCCAGAUUGCACAGUAUGGCUUGAGUCACUACAGUAAAAACCUGACGGAGAAACCUCCUCACAUAGAGGUGUACGAAACAGCCGAAGACAAGGACAAAAGCAGCAGGCCUACUGACUGGACUGUCCCAAAAGGCUGUUCUGUUGCAACGGUGUCCGAUAAAUCCCGGUUCACGAACGUGAAGCAGUUCGUCGCUCCAGAAAAUACUGAAGGGGCCUCUCUGCAGCUGGGGAACACAAGGGACUUCAUUAUUUCUUUUGACCUCAAAUUCCUGACGAACGGAAGCAUAUCAGUGGUUCUGGAAACGACCGAGAAGAACCAGCUCUUCACAGUGCACUACGUCUCAAACAUGCAGCUGAUCGCUUUCAAGGACAGGGACAUUUACUACGGCAUCGGGCCGAGGACUAGUUGGAGUACCGUCACCAGAGACCUGGUCACUGACCUCCGGAAGGGAGUGGGCCUCUCCAACACAAAAGCUGUAAAGCAGACAAAAAUCAUGCCGAAAAAGGUGGUCAGGUUGAUUGCAAAGGGAAAAGGCCUCAUUGAUAACAUCACAAUAGCGACCACGGCGCACAUGGCGGCUUUUUUUGCUGCCAGCGAUUGGCUGGUGAGGAACCAGGAUGAAAGGGGGGGCUGGCCCAUCAUGGUGAUGCGGAAGCUCGGGGAAGGGUUUCGGUCGUUAGACCCAGGCUGGUACUCUGCCAUGGCCCAAGGGCAGGCCAUCUCCACGUUAGUCAGGGCUUACCUGUUAACGAAAGACCACACAUUCCUCAAUUCAGCUUUACGGGCCACAGCACCUUACAAGCUCCUGUCUGAGCAGCACGGCGUGAAAGCCGUCUUCAUGAAGAAGCACGACUGGUAUGAAGAGUACCCGACCUCGCCGAGCUCGUUCGUGUUGAACGGUUUCAUGUACUCGUUAAUCGGGCUGUAUGACUUGAAAGAAACGGCGGGGGAGAAACUAGGGAAAGAGGCAAAACUUCUGUACGACCGGGGCAUGGAGUCCCUCAAAGCCAUGCUUCCACUCUACGAUACUGGCUCAGGGACGAUCUACGACCUUCGCCAUUUCAUGCUCGGCACGGCUCCCAACCUGGCCCGAUGGGACUAUCACACCACCCACAUCAACCAGCUCCAGCUGCUGAGCACGAUUGAUGAGGCCCCGAUUUUCAAAGAGUUUGUCAAGAGGUGGAAGAGCUAUCUGAAGGGCGGCAGGGCAAAGCACAACUAGAGCUGACAACCAAAACCACGCGUCUGCUGUCUGCGGGAGCCGCUGGACUUCUCGAAGGGAAACGGGGUGUGUUGUAAAAGGUUGCGUACUAAGCGAUGGGCUGUUUCAAAGAAGUGAUCCUUAAAACUGAUGUGAAACGAUUGCAUUCCAGCGCGGUAAUGCUUCGAUCCGGUAAGGAGAAUUUGGAUCAAAGCUAGCAUCUCCUUCAACUCGUUUACCUGUCCGUAGCGUCCCACCAUGAAAUCACUCGCCCGUGUCAAACUCCAUUUGUACUCCUGAGUUUCGGGGGGCGGAAAAAUUCCUUUUUGUAGGGGAGGGGGGGAAAAAAAAGAUAAUUUACAGAAGCCAUAAAGGUCCUUAAAGUCCAGCACUUGCCUGAAAAGUUAGGAUGUGGCCUCCUUUGAAAUGGAAUAAUCUGUGUAUAUGUUGACAACAGAGUAACGAAUCGUGGUGUAAUGCAGUAACUGUGUAUUUACUUGUAGCCUGGGUAGUGGACAGUGUAUCUUUUUAAAGGUGUUUUUUAUACCGGUUCUUUUCUCGAAGGGGGGGAAAAUACACAAAUCUUUGUUUUACGGUUCUGUAUAUCGAGGUACUCGCAACGUACGGUUUCUUUAGGGGUGUGUCGAUUCGAAAACGCACCUAGCCAGCAUUCGGGCUCCUAACUUGUGUUACGUAAGCACAACUCGAAGUGGGACUAGCUGACUGCACAAAACUUUGCAAGCAUACCAUCCCCUUUUUUUAUAUAAAGCCAAGGCUACAAUCACGUUUGAGGCUUGCUGGUCGCCGUUUCUGCCGUGCCACUGAAAUCUCUCUUGUGUACUGUAUUUCCAAUUGCAUUGAAGAGGCUUCUGUGUGCAUGGGGGAGAUUUCUGUUGGCAUCCUAAACAUGGGCUAAGGAGCUAAUUUUUGAGUAGCUCAUAGGAGCCUUGAUUUCAGUGGACUUAACGGUGAUUUUUUUUUUCCUAUGGCAAUUUUGUUUUUAAAAUGCUUUUUUAAAAAGCCGAUCAAGAACGUAGUACGCUAAAAUGAUUGUGUCUGUCUCCCCACCUUUGCCUAUGCUUUAAACACUCACGACACCUACGGCCCUGAGCUUAUUCUUUAUGUCUGAAUCGUCUUAGUGGUUCUGGCAAGUGAGAGAGGGUAUCCGUGCAAUAACCGAACGCAUCCGAACCCAGACGUUCGCUCCGUCCAGGUUUCAGAAUUAACACAGAAUUUCCUUUUUGUAUUUAUAACCUCCUUUCGCUGGACUUUAUGGUCUUUCAGCAUGUGGAUUGCCUACUGAAAAACCCAAGGAAGUAAAAACCAAUUGAUCGUGUCACUAGACCAAUAAUAUUUGAUUAUGGUAAGCUAGCUGGAAUUUGGUUGUAGGCCAUAUUAAUACCUGCCAAUAUUUUGGUACAGGCACAUUAUGAAUCUCAGCCCCCGAAGCUCCAGGGAUUUUCCGGUAUGAUUAAGCGUAUGUUGACAUCAGCAAACCUUUGAGAAAAUCAUCCAGGAGCACAUCUGCACGGGCCCGGCAGGGCAGGUAAUGCUCAGGGGCAACCAGCACGGGUUCAUUGAGGGCAGAAACCUGGUUUCUUUUUAUGAUCAGGUCACAAAAUCCCUGGACGAGGAUGUCGGGGUGGAUGUCGUCUUCCUGGGCUUUAAGAAGGCCUUUGACAUGGUUUCCAACCACAUUUUCUUAAAAAAACGAGGUGACUGUGGCGUCGAUGCCUACACAGUCAGAUGGGUGGCAAAUUGCCUAGAUGGUCGCACCCAGAGAGUGGUGGUGGACGGGUCGUUUUCGACCUGGAGGGAUGUGAGCAGUGGGGUCCCGCAGGGCUCGGUCCUCGGGCCCGUGCUCUUCAACAUCUUCAUCAGCGAUCUGGAUGUGGGAGUGCAAUGCACGCUGUCCAAAUUCGCUGAGGACACCACGUUGUGGGGCGAGGUGGGCACGCUGGAGGGGAGGGACAGCAUCCAGCUAGAUCGAGACAGGUCACGGGUGGGCAGAUGAGAGUAGGAUGGAGUUCAAUGCAGACAAGUGCAAGGUGCUGCAUCUAGGGAGAAGGAACCAGGUUCACACCUAUAGGCUGCGGGACACCCUUCUCAACGACACGGUGGCAAAAAGGGAUCUUGGAGCCAUUGUUGACUCCAGGAUGAACAUGGGCUGACAGUGUGGGGACGCGGUCAGGAAGGCCAACCGCACCUUGUGCAUCCACAGAUGCAUUGCAAGCAGGGCCAAGGAGGUGAUCCUCCCCCCCAUGCGACACUGGUCAGGCCGCAGCUGGAGUACUGUGUCCAGUUCUGGGCACCGCACUGCAGGAGGGAUGUGGGCAGCAUGGAGAGGGUCCAGAGGAGGCCACCGGCAUGAUCCGGGGGCAGCAGGGCAGGCCCUACGAGGAGAGGCGACGGGACCUGAACCUGUUCAGCCUCAGCAAGAGAAGGUGGAGCGGGGACCUGGUGGCCAUCUACAAACUCACCAGGGGGGACCAGUGGGAAUGGGGGGGGUCUGUUCCCCCGGGCGCCACUGGGGGUUACUAGGAAUAACUGGAUCUGGACUGGGCUCCCCAGGGAGGUGGUGCUCUUGGGGGUCUUCAAGAGGAGGCUAGACAGAUAUUUGGCUGGGGUGAUACGAUCCCAGCACACGUUCCUGCCCAGGGCAGGGGGUCGGACCUGAUGAUCUGUUUAGGUCCCUUCCAGCCCCAAGUACAUUUAUUUAUUGAAACAUUGCCAUUAAUCCUAUUGUAUAAGUUAUUAGUGGCUUCAGUAAUCAAGCAGCUCUCAGAGACAAAGCAGGCAUUAGUUUGCUGGCAAGGACAGGCGCGAGGACGGGACGCAGGUGGACUUGACUGAAUUUUUCCAUUUGCUCACGAAGACGUGGAACCGGGCGGUGGUUCCUGUGAUCUUUGCAAAUGCAGAAUGCGAUCGUAUCGCCUAGCGGAUGCCACAGCAGAAGUGUUUUGAAACCUAAAAUCCCUUAUCAAUACCAAAGUCAUAAAAGAUGAGUUUUUCUCCUCAAAUUAAAAAAAAAAACAAAAACAAAAAAACCCCAACAAUCAAAAAUAAACCCCCUAACCCUUGUUUCCUCUGCAAAGGCCGAUAUUAUCUGGGAGCGAGGCAAACGUCCUCCUGCCUGCGUUUCCUCGACAGCACGGCCAGUUCCAGCUGGGUGAAUCGGACGAGCACAUUAGAGUACUGCUUCUGUGACGAGUAUUGGUGCCUUAGCAAAGCGGCCACGAGUUCCUAGCCUGUUAGGAAAAGACGGACAGAAAAAACAAACCCGAACCCUAGCGGCAUGGAUCUUUCUGUGUCUCAUACCCUGCCUUCAACCCACCCAGCAGCAGACGAAAUAGGCUUGUUUGGAGGCAUAAUUUAGCACCGGUCAGCAGAGAAACAGGAGAUGCAUCCUUCUACCCUUAACGCCGUUGCCAUCGCUGUCCCCUGUGCGUGUGCGUGAGUGUAAAUUGAACACCCAGGUGUGAGUGCAUCUCCAGCCUACAAGAGUUCAAGUGUGAUCCCUCUUCGUUGUUGUUAUUUUUUUUAAAGGAGUCGAGCCGGGGGAGGGAAUUGUCGGGCACCAGUGCCGAAUAGCGUUCGUCUGUCCGAAUUCACCAAAUAGCAGCGACCCCUUUCUGUACCUCCACUUUAAAACUGACAAAGAUCUUAGGGGCUAAGGUCUGUUAUAACCCUUUUGUUAGGAUUUCUGUGUGUGUGUGUGUGUGUGUGUGUGUGUGUGUACACUUCAUCCAACACCGUGCACGUGGGUAUAUGCAAACCAGUGACACACAAGCACAACUCUGGAUGUGUGGCAGUGCUGUUUUUCUUGGUCAUUGUGCAAGACAUUCACUGAAAGCUGCUAUUUUCAUUCACCUUGUAAUUGUACUUUAUUCUUUUGGGUUUUUUGAUUAUUGUUUUCUACGUUUUACAUGUGGGGUAUACACCAUGUGUUAAAUAUGCAAUAAAUUGUUUACCGGAUGCCCUUCUAAAGGGUAGUCCUUUGUAAAGCUGUACAGACUUUGCAGUUUAAGCACAAUGUGCACACGUUAGUUUUCUAUACCGCGAGACAUGAUUUUUUGCAGAGGGAAAGGUACUAUUAUGUUUCUAUACAAAGUAAAUGGAUCAACAUUUGUGCUUCAUGUAAAGCUGCUUUAUAAAAUUGUAAAAUAAAAGUUUUUAUCUUAA